UGCCAAGAGCUUGGUGAUAAUGCUCUAUCCAAAGUAUAUUGCGAAUCUAUGAUUAUAAAAGAAAGAAGAUUGAACAAGAAGUUUUCUGUUAGUUAACUUGAAAAAGCUACCGAAAUCAAUCCUUUUAAAAAAGAAUCAAUGAGACUAACGCGGGGUAGCCGAAUGGUGGACCCGGGACCCCAGCUGUCGCUACUAGGCAGGAGGUAGCCAUGGCAGUGGCACAGGCAUUUGUGGAAUGGAACGAGGGCGUCAACAUCGUAAUUUUAAAUUUGUAAUUUCAAAAAGCACUCGCCCAAACGCACAGUCACACGGCUUCAUUUUCGCGACUCUGUAUCCGCCUUUGUUAAUAACGCUCAUCGCUCUGAGAAACUUCCCUCCUUUCCAUUUGCCUUCUGCUACGGAGCCUGCGUUAUCACUUUCACUUUGUGCUUCUUGUCAACUCCCGCUAUGUCGCCGUCCGCCCACGGGUCCUCCGAAGCUGACGGCUUCUGCUCGGGCUGUUUCGAUGCGAAUAAUAUUUCUCACAAUGACGAAGCUAGAUCUUUUCAUGUGAAUUGCAAACAUUGUGGAAAAUCUGGUUCUUCUCCGUCGUCCUCGGGGUAUUCAGACUUGUUUUGUCAUCACAUGGUUACAUUGAAGGAAUGGAAGAAGCUCGGGAGAAUUCUUAUCGCGUCUGCUAAGGGCUUCACGAUUGGAGCUGGUCUUAAGGGUGGUCUUGCUCUUUUCUCGAUCCUAGCUCGAUUGAAGCAAAGAAAGCCGCUCAAUUCUCUGAGGAAGGAGGCUCUGAAAACAAACAGUGAAGCAAUUGUUACGGCUGUAAAGGAAUCAUUGAGUUACGGUCUUUUUCUUGGAACCUUUGCGGGAACAUUCGUGUCCAUGGAGGAGCUUAUAGGUGCUUUGGGUGGUCACCGCAGGACAGCAAGAUGGAGAUCUUUGGUGGCAGGGGCGAUUGCUGGCCCAUCCAUUCUUCUGACUGGCUUUAAAACACAGCAUACAAGCUUGGCCAUUUACAUAUUUAUGCGUGCUGCUGUCUUGGCAUCUCGAUGUGGGAUUAAGAGCAAACGAUUUGGGGGAAUUUGUAAACCUCUCACAUGGAAGCACGGUGACAUUUUCCUUAUGUGUCUCUCCUCGUCACAAAUAUUGUCUGCUUACAUAUUAAAGCAAGAGAGUCUGCCUUCUUCAUACAAGUCAUUUCUCAAUAAACAUGGUGGUAAGGAUCUUGUUAUCUUACAAGGUGUGAAAGAUAUUGCCAGUGGCAUGCCUUUUACUGAUUUGGAAGCAAUACAAAGAUACUACAAGGCCAAGGGUGUCGAUGUGCAACUAGAUCCAAAUAUGGAAGUUCCUUGCUCGAUUAUUCAUGAAAACCAGUCAUGUGGUGGACAUUUUCUUUCCUUUCUCCUUGAAGCUUACAAGAGAGCAUUAUCUGUCUAUCUUCCAGUUUAUCUGAUCCCUGCACUCUUAGUUCACAGACAAGGACUUGUGAAGAGGCCUCAUACAAUAUUAGCCAAGGGUCUUGUUGGCACGGCGAGAUCAAGCUUAUUUCUGUCUGUUUAUUGCUCAUCUGCCUGGAUGUGGACGUGCUUGCUUUUCAGAAUCUUCAGAAGAUGCAACAUUCCAAUGGUGUUCGUGGGAACGUUUCCCGCUGGCCUUGCAUUGGGUAUUGAGAAGAAAAGCAGACGAAUGGAGAUUUCAUUAUACUGCUUUGCGCGUGCAAUCGAGAGCUUUCUCGCAUGCUUGGAUGAUGUAGGAUAUUUAUCGCAGUCAAUAAAGAUCAGGAGAGCUGAUAUUCUGGUUUUCAGCUUGUCAACAGCCAUCAUAAUGCACUGCUAUGCACAGGAGAGGGAAGUAUUUAGAUCCAAAUAUUUGAAUGUUCUUGACUGGGUGUUCGGUAUACCUCCUCCGCCAUGUGAAACUCCACGCUGUAAAGGUGGAUAGAAAACAAACAAAUGCUUGCCCAAAAGGCAAUUUUAUUUGCCACUUGCUGCUGAAAUCCAAGGGAAAACGAUGCCUGAAUUCUUGGCUACGAGGAUGGCAUCGAAUUCAAUCAGCCGUUCACUUAACACGAACUAGCAUUUUUUACCGAAUGCUUGUGGCUUCCGUGGAGACUGCGUAGUGUUUUUUUUUCCAUUCGAGGAAGCAUGUAGUACUACGUUUUCUCACGGUUUUUGUUGAUGUCAUACCCCGUCCGUGUUCGUGUGGAUGUAGGCUAAAUUUUGAAAACAGUGAUGAUGGGCGUGCAAAAGCCCGAGCCUGUUGAUACUUAGUUUGGUAGGGCAUUUUAUUCAUUUAGAGACUUUUUUUUUUUA